AGAGGGCGGAGACUGCGGACAGCUUUCCCUCAGAGCACUCUGGAAGGGGCCCAGGUAAGUGGUCCGUUGUAGGGCCCCGGGUGUGCUGUAUGCGGGCUGCAAGGGAAUUGAGAAUGGACCCUCGACAAUGCUAGGGUUACAAUGGGCAGCGCCGCGCUCCGCUGUUUCUGCUAUGGGUGCCUCUUCACCUCUGUGACCUGGACACUUCUGCUCUUUAUAUAUUUUAACUUUAGCGAGGAGAACCAGGGUAUCAGACAUGUGCCCAUCAAGGGGCUAGAGCCAUACAACCCUUACCCCAAGAAAAUUUACCCCCGCUUCUCUCGGGGAUCGGUCGGACAGUCCGAUGGCUCCUUUAAGGAUCGUGCUGCAGCGCAGAUGGGAAAUCAUGUUGCGGACAUACCUGAUACCAAGGGCAAUUUCUCUCCAGAAAUGGGAAUGAUCUUCAACGAACAAGACCAAGAUGUGCGGGACAUUGGCUACCAGAAACACGCCUUCAAUAUGCUGAUAAGUAACAGACUGGGCUAUCGGAGAGACAUCCCAGAUACAAGAGAUCCCAAGUGUGCUAAGAAGACCUACCCCACAGAACUGCCCCCAGCCAGUGUCGUGAUCUGUUUCUACAAUGAAGCUUAUUCUGCCCUGCUGAGAACUGUACACAGCGUCUUAGAUCGAACACCAGCCAAUCUGCUUCAAGAAAUCAUUCUGGUGGAUGACAACAGCGAGCUAGAUGAUUUGAAGAUGCAGCUUGAUGACUAUAUACAGGAGAACCUUCCAAAUAAAGUGAAGCUGGUGAGAAACCGACAGAGGGAAGGGCUGAUUCGUGGCAGGAUGGUGGGAGCAUCUCACGCUACAGGUGAUGUGCUGGUAUUCCUGGACAGUCACUGUGAAGUUAAUGAGGCGUGGCUCCAGCCAUUACUGGCACCAAUCAAGGCAAAUUCUAAGACCGUGGUGUGUCCAGUCAUUGACAUCAUUAGUGCCGAUACACUGAUGUACAGCUCCUCCCCUGUUGUACGAGGGGGAUUUAAUUGGGGUCUUCAUUUUAAGUGGGAUCCCGUGCCUCUGUCAGACCUGGGAGGACCCGAUGGAUUCACUGCUCCUUUCAGGUCUCCCACGAUGGCUGGAGGUCUCUUUGCAAUGGACAGGGAAUACUUUAAUACACUGGGCCAGUAUGAUAGUGGCAUGGACAUCUGGGGUGGAGAGAACCUGGAAAUAUCGUUUCGGAUCUGGAUGUGUGGUGGAAGUCUACUCAUUGUACCCUGCUCUAGGGUGGGGCACAUCUUCCGUAAGAGGCGUCCGUAUGGUUCUCCAGGAGGCCAUGACACUAUGGCCCACAAUUCUUUACGAUUGGCACAUGUGUGGAUGGAUGAAUAUAAGGAGCAAUACUUUGCCCUCAGACCAGAGCUCAGGAACAGGGAGUAUGGCGAUAUCAGCGAGCGAGUGGCAUUAAGGGACAGAUUAAAUUGCAAGUCGUUUAGAUGGUACCUGGACAUUAUAUAUCCUGAGAUGCAAAUUUCUGGACCGAACGCCAAACCUCAGCCGCCUGUGUUUGUCAACAGAGGUCAGAAACGAGCAAAAGUUCUACAGCGUGGGAGGCUAAUUAACAUGCAAACACAUCGAUGUCUCGUGGCCCAGGGUCAUCCGAGCCAGAAGGGGGGGCUAGUAGUAGCAAAGCAGUGUGACUACAAUGACUCUGAUCAGAUCUGGACUUACAAUGAAGAACACGAGCUUAUCCUUAGCAAUCUUCUUUGCCUGGAUGUGUCAGAAACUCGAUCCUCAGAUCCUCCUCGUCUCAUGAAGUGUCAUGGAUCCGGGGGAUCACAGCAAUGGGUUUUUGGUAAAAAUAACCGUCUGUACCAAGUGUCCGUGGGCCAGUGCAUGAAGCUUGUUGACUCCCUUAGUCACAAGGGAUACGUCGCUAUGGCAAUCUGUGACGGGUCACCAUCUCAGCAGUGGCACAUGGAAAGCUAAGGUGUCACACUGACAUGCCUGACCUUCUUCAAAAACUACAUGGACUCUAUGGCACCACACGCCGUAUGCUGCUAUUUUAAUAUGAAAUGGUUUUACAGAA